GCUGUACACUACUGCAGUUCACUGAGCAGUUCACUGAUCAGCUAGGGUUUGUGUUGUAUAAUAUUAAAAAUUAUGAAAAUCAAGCAUUGGCUGAAGAGAGUUAAAUGUAAGCUGCAUUGUCAAAUGUGAUCACGUUCAAUCAACAAUGUAAUCAGAAAAUUAAAGACUAAUAGCCGUUGUUGAUCGUCAUCGUCGUUCGACUUCGUUAAAUAUAGUAAGUUUUUGAUUUAAUGAUAAGUAAUUUUUAAUACAUCCCAGAAAACAAUAACAAAUUCACUUGUAAAUUUGAAAAUGAAUAGCUGACAAUGUUGCAGAUUAAAAAAGAUACUAUUAAAAGAGAGAGCUCUGAAGCUCCCAUUCCUGAUAGUACAACAAUAGAAAAUAAAAGUUAUGUUUGUGGAGAAGAAGUUCUAGUUCAUUUGAAGGAUGAUAGAUUUUAUCUUGGAUUCAUAGCUAAACUAAGAUACAAAGAAUCAAAGUGUUUAGUUAAGUUUGGUGAUAGUACAGUAAAAUGGGUGUUACUCAAAAGUGUAACUCGUAUGUCUUGUACUAGUGUAACUGCUCAGUUUUGUAAUGUGUGCAAUAUUGAAGCUUUAGAAAAUGAAAUAUGUGUGUGUGAUAAGUGUGCUAAUGUAUUUCAUCGAAAAUGCCAUAAGCCUGAAGUUACCUGCCCUGAUAUUUCUUCAUGGAUGUGCUAUUUGUGUAAAGAAAAACAACAAAUCAGUAGAUUGCAGGUGAUCAAUUCUGUAUCCAGUACUGAAGUCCAUAAAAUCACUAAAUUACCAUAUGAUUUAAACUCUCUUCAAUGGGACAUACAUCAUCGUAUAAAUAAUCUUGGAACAUACUGUUACUGUGGAGGAUCGGGCGAUUGGUUUAUUAAAAUGUUACAGUGUGUCAAGUGUUUACAAUGGUUUCAUGAAAAAUGUCUCUCUUCGUUAAUAUAUCCACUUUAUCUUGGAGACAGGUUUUAUGUGUUUUUAUGUUCUGUUUGUACUCAAGGAAAUGAAUUCGUACGCCGUAUUGAAAUGGAAUGGGCUGAUCUAGUACACUUAGCUUUAUUUAAUAUGACUGCGUAUAAGCCACAGAAAUACUAUGAUGUAGAUUCUGAUAUACUUUUAUACUUAGAUACUCACUGGAAUUCAAUGUAUCUACCACCUAAAAUAUUAGAUGUUCCUAUAGAAAACAGGAAAAUAUAUAUUGUCAAUGCUCUUUUAAGAGAUACCAAUCAUAGAUUCGAAUUUCAAGGUAAAAAGCCUGCUAAUAUGUGGGGACUCCGACUUAAGCUUCCACCUAAACCUCCACGUUUUUCAUUACCCACACAAGUUUCAUUUACUGAAGAUAUUUUACAUCAUAAAUUACAACACAGGCUCAAUCUUAAUAUAUUACCACCUCCCAAAAAGACUGAUUAUAUAGUGAACCGGCAACUUAAUGAUUCUAUGUAUACUGUAGAAGGAUUGAAGUUUUUGCAUCAAGAUUCUCCUGUUGUCAUGUUACCAAAAGGCCUACCAUCUAUAGGACACAAUGUUUGUAUUAAAAGUGCGGCACCAAUUGUUCCAGCCCCAAGAUCUAUUAUUGAAAAAAGAAUAAGGCAACAACAAAUAGAAUCAAAUAAGCGAACUUCUAGAAAUUGUAACAUGGUUCCCAAUAAAUUAAAAAAACCAAUGAAAAAAGAAAAAGUUCCUGAAAGCAGAUCACCAUCUAGAUCAACCGAAAGCACUCCUGAAAAAUCUUUAACAGCAUCUGAAGAAGAACUAAGUAAUGAAGAAGAUGCAGACUAUGAAGAUUUAGAUGAUGAAGAUGAUGCCGAUGCAGAUUCAUUACGUACAGCUGAUCUGCAAAGUCGCCGAAGUCAAAGAUUAAGUGUUAAUCGAUUACUUAGUGGAAGACCUAUUAAUGGCUCUGCACAUCCACGUGAAACGCGAGCAGCUUCUUCUAUUACAUUACCACUUUCCUUAGCACCUGUAAUUACUCAAGGACCUCAGGUGCGUACUACAAAACGUCGUUUAAGUGAAAAAGAUUUACGUAUAGAUCAUAAUGGUAAAUGUUUGGUGAAACGUAAAAGACUUCGGCGCAAUGGUUUUACAAAUGGUAGUUUGACACCUACAAAACGUCAGUCAAAAAAUAAUUUUAAUGGUAGAAUAAUGUAUAAAUCUUAUUCUGAAUUUUUUGCUAAUCAUAGUCAUUCAGUCAAUAGACCUAGUUCACCUGAAAAUACUGUUGAUUCUCCAAGUGAUCUUAAAACACUGGUGCACUCAUAUUUUGGUGCUAGUAAUAGAAUUGCUAACGGUGAAGAAUAUACUAUACUUUGUAAAAGAAUUAAUCCAGAUGGAUCAGAAGAGUUUUUAAUCAGAUGGGACUGAAUUUUUUAUAUGAUUUGUGAAUAAAUUAAGUUUAUUGAUGUAUUUUAAUUAAACAAAUUUAAUAACAAUAGGAGACUGUUUUUAUAGGUUUUAUUACUCAAACCAAUCUUAUUCUUUUUAUUAACUGUUUCUAAUGUGAGUUUUAUUUUAAAUUUCUUAUACUUCUCUUUCACUAGGAAAAAUAAGAAUUUAUUAGAAUAAAUAAAAGUUUAAAAAUGACUGUGAUAACGAGAUAACUCUUUUCUUUUUGUGUUGUAAGUUGAAUUAAUAAAAAAAUUAAACAUAAGUCAUUAGUGGUUAUAUGAUGUAAAAUUAUUUUGUACGACAAUGAAGUAGAUAAAUUGACUGCUAAUGUAUAUGUUUUAUCACAGUCUAUUGGUUUUUUUUUAAAUUGUAUAAAGGAUAUUAUUUUAUUAUUUGUUUUUCAUAUUGUAUUAGUGAAUUUACAGGCUACACAAUAUUUUAUAGUGUGUUGUAUCUACUAAAAAUGUAAGUAAUAUGUGAUCUAUAUGUAGUAAGAGAAAUAUUACUUGUAUGUUAUUAAGAAAUAUGGAAUGUGUUCAUACUGAUGUAUUUUAGUUUUAAUUUUAUUUAUAGAUUUCUAAGUUGAAACAUACAUAACAGUCCAUAAAAUUAAGGUUAUUUAAUAUAACCUACUACUAAAAUUAUAAAUUAAUGGUUAUUCUCAUUUAUUUGGACACAUUAUUAUCUUAAAUAGCAUAAAUUAUUUGAUAUGUUUAAAUAAAUUAAAUUUUAUGGGUAUGUGUAUAUGUUAAUGACUUGGCCUACUAUUAAAUAAGUGAUUAUGUUCUGUAUACUGAUUGCUAUGUUUUUAAAGUUAACUUAAGUCUCAAAUAAUUUUUUUAGAAUAAAAUAUUAAUUAAUUUUUUUUACCUAGGCCAUUUGAGUUCUUUAGUGUAAUAUAUAGAUAAUUAAAUAGUUUUAAAACAAGUUUUAUGUUACUUACUUUUUACUCAAAACAAAGAACUUAUGGUAAGACUGAUUUCAUGUUUAUCUAAAUUUUUUUAAUGAAAUUGUCUGAAAAUGUUAAACAUUGUGAUGAAAGGAAAAUGUUUUUGCACAUUAUAACGGAUUUUGUACAUUAUUAUUCUGACUUGGGUUAAUAAAACACGCUUACUAUAGUUUUAUGCAUUUUAAUGGUUUAAAAUGUGUUUUAGAUCUCGAAAAUAAGUACUGUAUUAUAAUUUUAUUGUUACAUACUUCACAAGACUUGUAUAUUUUCGUACGCACAUAUUUUAUGUUCAUACUAUAAAUUUUUAAAGUAAGAUAUGAUGUAAAUAUUUUAAUUUAAAUUUAAAUCAAGCAACAAAUGAGUUAAUUUGAUUGAUACUUUUUUAAAAAGCUAUACAAUUUUUUUAAAUGAUUUAACUAAUGUGCUCAGUGUAUAAUAAUAAUACUUUAAUGUAAACUUAUAUAUUUAUUUCUUCCCAUUUUAUUAAUAUACAGGAAGUUAUUUAUAAGUACAAAUAUGUGAAUGUUUAUAAAUACUUGAUUUUAAAAUUUAACUUAUUUUUAUAAAAUAAACAAUUUUGUAAAUUUGCACUGCCAUUAAAAUAUGACUGUUAUUUUGAAUAAAUUAUUUUUAAAGUCAAAUAAAUACUCUUUAAAUGUCUAUGUAUAUAUUUUUAAAUAGGCAAGAUCAAUUAAUUAUUAAAAAAGACAUUUUUUUAUGUUCCUAAAAAUUAUUUAAAUAAUUUUAUAUAACUGUCAAAUUAUUGAAUCAAUGUCUACUUCAAUAUACUUGUAUCAUGUCUUACUAGUUAAAUUAUUAAAAUAAAUGUAUUAAUUUUUAGAAAAGUAUAUCCCUAUUAAUUUUUGGUUAAAUUAAUCUACUUUGAAGAUCAUUUAACCGAAGAAUGAAUACUUAUACUAGAACUUAAUUGUAGCGUUUCAUCAAAAUAUAAAUUUUUUUAAAUAAAACUUGUUUAUUUUAUUAACUUUUGUAAUGAUAUAUCUUUAACACUAAAAUUACUCUUUGAGUAUAACUUUUUCAAUAAAAUAUUAUUUUUACGUAUGAGUGAAUUGUACAGCUAAUAUUAAUUAUAAUGAUGAAGAGAUAAUAUUUAUAAAAUGUAUGUCUUUAAUUAGUGUAAUAUCUCAUAAUUUAUUUUUAGAUAAUAAGAAUAUAACAAUUAUUUGUAGUUUUUCAAUGGUGAAACGCUGCCCAUACUGAAUUUCCAGGUCUUUUGUAUUUUAUUUAUUGUUAAAUAUUUAACUUUGAUUGUAUUUUAAAGGGGGGAUUAAGAAUUUCAUUUUAUUUUUCUUAUUGUGUUAAUUGUCAAAGACUUGAAUUAAAAAGUCAUAAUUUUUGUAAAAUGUAAUAUAUGUAACGGUGACUUAUUACCAGAA